UCAAAGGGUUUCGAUCAGUUUCGUGGCAUUCGUACUUAUCCAUGAAAAGGGCGCCUUUUUAUACGAAACGUUUCACACCUUCGGCCACCCUCGAUCGCCACGACGCAGCGCCUCUUCGUUGCGGUGCCCGUGUCCGCCACCGGGCCUCGCCGGAAACCCUCGUCGUUGGAUGCCCGAUGAUGGCCUCCGCUUGCGUCAACAACGCUGCGCUGGCGCCGGACUCCCCCUUCCUCGAUUUCGCCCCGGCGUGCCCUGGCUACGGCUGGCUCAGUCCCAGGAUCUCCUUCAGUCGCGACCUCGCCGACGGCGGCGCCGCCCCUUCGGGCCUCGAUGUUGGGGACUCUGAUCUCGGUGCCCUGGUCUCGUCCGCCGCUGUUGUGACGGAGAGGCCCGAUCCGAAUGAGCCGGGCGUGGAUCUCCCCGACUUCGAGUUCCGUCCCGACGAUCCCGUCACCAUGCUGCCCGCCGAUGAGCUUUUCUCCGAUGGCAAAUUGGUUCCGCUUCAGAUCGCGGCAAAGCGGCACCAAGCGGAGCCGGCCGACGGGAUACGAUCGCCCGAGGCGGAGAGGCCUCGUCGGGUGGCGGAGGUCCUCGGAUUGGAGUCCUGCGCGCAGUCGCCCAAGGCGCCGAGGUGCUCGAGCCGUUGGAGAGAGCUACUUGGCUUCAAGACGCAGCAAAACCCUAAGCCGGAGGCCCAAAAGGCGGCGACGCUUACUUCCAAGAGUGUGAACCACAAUACCAGAUCGCUCCGCCAUCUCCUCCACCGCCUGUCGAAGCACUCCGCCGCGGACGCCUCCCUCGCCAUCCCGCUCCUCCGAGAGUCGGACUUGGAGCCGGUGUCCAUCUCCUCUCGCCGUUCCCUCUCUUCCUCGUCCUCCUCCUCGGGCGCCGAUCACGACGAGCUUCCACGGCUCUCACUUGACGCGGAGAAGCCGGCCCAACGGUCGAUCUCGCUCAGUCGGGUUCCACACCGGGCGCGGCUCGCCCGGCCUAGGGUCGCCACUGCGGAAGGUCACCAGGCGGCGAGGACUGGGCGGAGCCCGCCCCGGCGUGGGGCGGAGCUGGCGCCGCCGAGGGGGGCGUCGGUGGACAGCCCGCGGAUGAACGCAUCGGGGAAGGUGGUGUUCCAGGGGCUGGAGCGGAGUUCGAGCAGUCCGGGCAGCUUCCACGGCCGAAGCACCUGGCACCACCACCAUCAGCACCGGGGGAAGCCGUAUCGGGCGAUCGAGCGAUCGUACUCGGCCAACGUCCGUGUCGCCCCGGUCCUCAACGUGCUCCCGGUCGGCUCGCUUCGGAUCUGCACGUCCAAACCCGGGUCGGUCUUCGGCUUGGCCCAGCUCUUCUCCCCCCACAAGAAAGAUAGGGACGCCUCUACCGCGAGGUGGAAUCUCCACAGCGGCGGCAACAGAAGCAAGAUUAUCGACAAGGAAAAGGCCUGAAGAGAAUCAACUUGAGACGGGGCCCGACAUGGCCCAGUCCCUGAUCUCCAAUCACAUGCCACCGCUCUCGCUGCUGCCGGCGUCCUUCUUGCGACUGCAGCGCGACUGCUUCCAUGUGAUGCUGCUCCACGUUCCAUUGUGCUGUGUGGUGUCCAUUCCCCUCGUUUUCCACCACAUCUCGCCUCCCCCUCCGACUCCUCUGAUCCCAAACUCCAAGAAACCUCAUCCAAUGGACGGAUUGGGCGAAGAAGCAGUGGCGUGCAACUGCUUCUGGACCGAGUCAAAAUGGAUUGAAUCGAUGGUAUGGUGGGUCUCCUUGGGAUUUGUAGCGAGUGCUUUUGCGGUGCACCUGAAAAGCAGGCUUUUCAGAGACCUGCGCUUGCUUCUGUGCCCAAAGAUUCCCUCGUCAACCAUUUUGAUUUCCUAAAGCUAAGAUAAUGUUUUUUUUUCGAUGUUCAUAAAACAAUCGUUAAAAAGGAGUUAAUUUGAAUGUUUCUGCCAAUAUACAGCAUAUAUUUUUCUUUUUAUUGCAAAAUAACUGUCCAUAUGUUAUAUUGGAUUCAGUCUCUCCAAACUACUCUCUUCAUUCUUCUCUUACAUUGGAUUGUCCAUAUGUUAUAUCUCAAUGCUGUUCCUUUAUAAUUUAAAUAACAAAAUGAUUGUGUUAUAUUAUAAAGUAAGACUGUAUACAUUAAUUGCCAAAUGUGAUUUAAGACACUGGAUUAAUUGGUUGUAAGUGCUAAAGGUGGCAUUGCCAUGUUGAACUCACCACUAUUUCUCUUCAUCUCCUGAAAUUUAAAUCAGAAAGUCUUAUAUUUAACUUCAUCUCCUAAGAAUUGAAUAAUUUAUUUCAAUUUUUUGGGCAACCUUCUUUGCACAAAGUCAUGUCAUAUUUUAUGCAAUAGAAAUUGACUUAUAUGGCUCUAGCUUGAACUAUGUGGAUCAUGUUCGGAGUCGAAUUUGGACUUAAGCAUUGUGGGCUGAAGUUGGCAUUAGAAAUGUCAAUAUUUUUUUGUAUGGUCCAAAAAACUCUAAGACCGAAGGCGGGCUGAUGAAUAGGGUUUAAAGUUUAGGGUUUUAUGACUUCAAAUGAUGAUUGAAACAUUAAACACCAUAUCCUGCUUAAACAAACACCACAUCAGACUCCCAAGAUAUUCUUCAGCCUGCUAAAUACUAUGUAGAAGCUGUACCUCAACAGCUGAACUCUCUGUAAAUAUUCAACGAUAGGAAUAACGGGUUGCAUGACACUCUCUUCAUCAAAUUUUGAAGGUAGAUCGAAACAUAUCGAGUCUGGAAGUAACAUGUUGAUAACCAAAUAAGAAAGAUACGACUCUGACUAAUUACCACAUUGGAUCUAGUUAGUGGAUGGAGAUUUGAGAGAGAGAAGCUCUGAGCAGUGGCCGUGUUCCGAAUAUGGCCUAGCAUUGCCAUCAGUCUCCUUUAAGCUUUCCACUCAGAUAAAAGAGACAAAGGUCAAUCAGAGCUGUCCACAGGCACAGUCAAGAAAUGGGGUUUUGCUGAGAGGCUUUUGUUAAGUACAUUUUGGUGGGGUCCUUGGUGGAACCUCCUCACCAUCUCUGCCCUUCUCCCCAAAGGCAUCUGCUGCAUGAUUCUGAUUCAUUGUCCUGAGGCAUCUUUCACCAUUUUGGCAUCAGGACUAACAAGUUGCAUUAUCCUCAAAGCAGAGGUGACCAGAUGCAUUAUAUAGGGUUCCUGUCCUUGCAUAAAUAGGAAAGUGAUGGGAGGGGGAAUCUUAUAUAGGUAAGGUAGAGUUUCACAGAUAAUGAUAUAUAUGGAUUAUCCAGAGAAGGCCAGAAUCAAUCCAGCAUGAGGUGAUCACUUGAUCAUGCUGGGAGUUCAUAUGUUUAUUCUUUUUUCCUUUCUUUUUCCCCCCUCUUCUUCACAGCAGACACUUCCAGCCCUGAAAAGCUAACCUACUAUAAAGGAAAUGCCUGCUGAGAUAUGAUAAUGCUUUCUUAAAGUUAAAGGGAAAAAGAGGACUCCUGAGAUCUACCAAGAUAAGGAUAAUGUUCUAUUUAUUAGAAUGUACAACCAGAAUGGUACUGUGCCUUCAGUAAAGUGGUGCUGUAGAUGAUUGCUAGACAAAAAAUAAAAUGUACCCUUGCUGAAUGUUUUGUAAACAUAUUUUCAAAAUACACUAUCCUUUGAUUUUAUCACAAUGUUCUCUUCAGUAUCCAGCAAAUUGGACUUUCUUUUUGUUCUCUGCAUGGUAUUAUUUCUGAAGUGAUCUCUCUCUCUCUCUCUCUCUCUCUCUCUCUCUCUCUUUUAUUAUUGUUGAUUGGAAUUCUCUAGUGUCAAGAUGGUAAGACAACCAAAUAGGCUCAGGACAAAGUUAUGCAAGAUUGAGACCUGAUAACAAUUAUCAUAAUAACCAUAAUCAUUUUCAGAAGCAACAAUGACCUGAUCAUAAUAACAAAAACAACUUGAUAACAAAGAGCCCCUAGAAGUAACAAUGAUCAUACUAACAUACUAAUAAUCUCAGCAGCUUGAUCAGAAGAUAUUUUCAUAGAAGGAAUCAAAUAUGGUCAUAUGGACAUGAAGGAUACAAAGCAAGAAUGUGGUGUGCUAUUACAUAAGAAUCAGCAGGAAUCCUCCAUGGUGCCUAUAUAUUUGCUCACCACAACAAUAACCAAGUUAUGAUCACAUUGAUGGGUUAUUUCUUUGUAGCAAGAACAAGGUUAUUCAUAAGUCUAAUCUUUGCGCAAGAGGAUCAACUGAUACAAUUCCAAGCAUUAGCUAGACCUGAUGCUUAACAAAAGUUUAUCAGAUUUACUCCUUCCUUCAACAUGUACACAAUAAAUGCUGGCUUCAGCCAAUGGUUUGAAAUUUUAUUUGGGAGCAAUUUGCAGGAGUUGCUCCCGAGAAAUUUUACACUCUUUACUCUUGAACAGCCAAAUUCUCUGCAUCAAGGUUAUAGCAGGUGUUCUAAAUAUGAAGUUGAAGAUCAACCUGAUGCAUAAAAAUAAACAUUAGCCUUGGUGACAUGAGUAGUAGGAGCCAGAUAUCUUGUGUUUAAACAUGGACAAAUGUUUCCUCGAUUUGACAAUUAUAAUUAGGUUAUGUCCAUCUUACCAGAUCCACUUUUGUGGGUGUUCUCACAGGCUGUUGGGUGAUUCUGCUGCAACAUUUGAGACCCAAAGGUGUAUCGAUUCAUCGCCUGCAUUCGGUCAUGUUGAAGCUAUUUCAGCAAAAAGACAAAGAUCAAGAGGUGUAAAGAUGAAGCUACAAGCCUGAAAGCGAGGCUGAACAUGGUGAAGGCCAAGGUAGGAGGAGGCAUGCGAUUCUUGCAAAUGGGCACUUUGCAUCAGGUUUCGUAACAUUGCUGCUUGGAAGGCUGGAGAAGUGGAAGACAAUGUCUGGUUGGGGGUAGAAGAUUGAAGUGCAUGAUGCAUCAAAGGAACACAAGCAUGACCAACUCCCACAGCCAUGCCUGGCAUAGAUUGUUGGGCACCUGGAAGCAUCAUCUGCGCCAUGCGACCUCCCAUCCACAUCAUCUGUUUCAUGGAUCACAGUAUGCAAAAGAUCACAUUACUGGUGUACAAGUCCUGUGUCAUGGCAUCAUCAUUUUGUCAAACCUGAACUUGCAGUUGCAGUGACUUCAAGUAUUCAAUUGCCUCAUCCAGCAUUGAUGCUUUGUCCGUCUGAGAAUUUUAAAUGUACAACAUAAUCAGAAUUCAUAUUGGAAAAUUUCACCAUUAUGAGAAUUUGGCAAUGGACUGUCUGUUAGUUCU